AUGACCACAACCAAACCCGUCGCAAAAUCGCCUUUUGGAGGUGGCGCUUUCAAGGAUCGAGACUUGGCCAAUAAAGCACUUGAAAGCGAGAAGAAGUUGCGAGAGUUGAUGGGCAUGUUGCUUGAAGCCGUACAAUCGUUAGCACAAGAGCUUGAAGCUGAUGAUGAGGAUGAGUGGGAGGAUGUCGGCGAUGAUGACGAGGAAGAGUGGGAGGAUGUCGACGAUGACGAGGAGUUGGAAAAUGUCGACGAUGAGAAUGAUUGGGAAGAUAUCGACGAUGAAGAGGAUGACGAAGAGUUGGAGGAUGUUGAGAAUGCCUCCUCCAACUCCUCCUUAUUCUUAUCCCCCUUCUUAUCCAACAACCCCCCUACCAAAGACUACCCCCCUAUCGGCCACCUAUCCUUCGCUACCAUCGAAGAAGCCCGCACCGCCUACUAUUCAACCUUAUCUCAGGUAGAAAACCUUCUCGUAAAGUGGUAUCACAAGGACGAUGUAACAGCAGUUGUCAAGACCUUGAUCGAAUCUGCCCAGGCAUCUUAUGCGCAGCAGGAGGAGUUUUGGAAGGAUAGGCGCAUAGUUCAGGAGUGGUUCGGAGGUAUGGAUGAGUAG